AUCACCAGUUGCAAGUCUCCCAAUAAGUACGGCUCCCAUGUAAAGCAGGGCUGAGCAUCCAAUUCCAGAAUCACAUUUUCCACUGUGCUCUGUACCCUUCACCUGCUGAAAAAAUGGUAGAUGCUUUCUGUGCCACCUGGAAACUGGUAGACAGCCAGAACUUUGAUGAGUACAUGAAAGCCCUGGGAGUUGGCUUCGCUACAAGACAGGUAGGAAACGUAACUAAGCCAACAGUUAUUAUUAGUCAAGAAGGGGACAAAGUGGUGAUAAGGACUCAGAGCACAUUCAAGAAUACAGAGAUCAGCUUCAAGCUGGGAGAAGAAUUUGAUGAAGCUACCGCAGAUGACAGGAACUGCAAGUCCAUUGUAACCCUGGAAGGAGAUAACCUGGUCCAUGUACAGAAGUGGGACGGAAAAGAGACUAAGUUUGUAAGAGAAAUAAAGGAUGGCAAAAUGGUUAUGACUCUAACCUUCAGAGACAUUGUUUCUGUCCGUCAAUAUGAGAAAGCAUAGACAACAAAAACAUGGUUUCACUUUCGGUUUAUUGAAAUGUUCCAUCCCAUGUAUGAAACGAAGAUGGCCCAAACCCUACUGACCAUUUGUAUGCCCGGCUUAAAAACAAUCUGAUCUGUGUACACUAUAAAAAUGACAACUUUGUACUUUACUCAUGACAACAAUGUAACAACUUUUUAAUAAAAUAAAAAAGCAACUAUUUUUAUGGA